AUGGCUCCCUCUACGACUGUUGCUUCGGCCGAGCAGAUUGCCGUCCCCGAGACGCUUCUCAAGAAGCGCCGCACCAACGACGCUACCCGCGAGGCCAAGCUCGCCGCCGCGGCUGAGGCUCGCAAGGCCCGCCUCGCCAAGCGCAAGGUCAUCUUCAAGCGCGCCGACGAGUACGUCAAGGAGUACACUGCCAAGGAGCGUGAGGAGAUCCGCCUUAAGCGUGAGGCCCGCAAGACCGGCGACUACUACGUCUCGGCCCAGCCCAAGGUCUUCUUCGUCGUCCGCCUCAAGGGUAUCUCCAAGAUUGCCCCCAAGCCCAAGAAGAUCCUCCAGCUUCUCCGUCUCCUUCAGAUCAACAACGGUGUCUUCAUCCGCGUGACCAAGGCCACCGAGCAGAUGCUCCGUCUUGUUUCGCCCUACAUUGCCUACGGCGAGCCCAACCUCAAGGCCAUCCGCGAGCUUGUUUACAAGCGCGGCUACGCCAAGGUCAACGGCCAGCGCAUCCCCAUCACUGACAACUCGAUCAUCGAGGAGAACCUCGGCAAGUACGGCAUUGUCUGCAUGGAGGACCUCGUUCACGAGAUCGCCACCUGCGGCCCUAACUUCAAGCAGGCCACCCAGUCCCUCUGGCCCUUCAAGCUGUCCAACCCCACCGGCGGCUUCCGUGACCGCAAGUUCACUGGCUUCGUCGAGGGCGGUGACACUGGCAACCGCGAGCAGCACAUCUCCAAGCUCAUCCACCAGAUGGUUUAA